UUCUACCAAAGGCAGAUUUGGGAUUUAGAAAACUCUCAGCAGAGGCUUCCUGUGGCUUCGGAAGAACCCGUAGACUCUCACAGAGGAUCAGAGAUCUCCUCAGCUGUACAGCAUCGCAGCUCCGUUAUGAAACUUUGGUGGGGUUGACCCAGAAACUCAACAACAUGACAUUGUUCUCUGGGAAGACACAUCUUAGUCUCAGUUCAACAGCUGAUAAAUGCUCUUGCAGGAAUGUUUGGCUGCCUGUGGGUAAGCAUCCAAGGACAUAGAUCCUCGGAGUCUACGAAUAUAGAGUUGAUGUGACUGCGUGCUUAGAAAAGAGGUACUUAUGGGUGUCUUCAAUGGCUAAUCUUGGUUAUCAACUUGACUACAUGUGGAAUUCUAACUAAAACUCAAGCAGCUGGGCACACCUGUGAUGGAUUUUUCUUGGCUGGAUCAUUUGAAUUCAGAAGACCCACUCUAAAUCUGGACACACCUUCUGGUGGCAGGCCAAAUAAGAGGACUCAGAAGAAGGAAGAUUUUGUUUUUUGUCUGCUUGCCCCCACUCUCACUGGCAGUUCAUCCAUCCUGUUCUUGAUCUAUUUCUUUACUGGUGUUGGAACCCACUUCUUCAGGAUUCCAGUGUGAACCAGAAAUUUGAAGCCCUCUAAGACACUGGGACCGCUGAGACAUCCAGUCCUGAGGACUGAACAAGCCUUUCCGCCAGGAGACAGACAUUGUUGAACUGCUUGGACCACAGCACUGAUGGGUCCUGCCGCCAUGAUGGUCCGAACUGGUGAGCUUUGAUGACACUGCACCAUGUACAGUGUGGAAGAUCUCCUGAUUUCUCAUGGAUACAAACCAGCCCGGGAUGUCUCAGCACCACGGAAGGACAAAUCAGAGGGAUGCCGGCCAACAAGAACAAGAACCCGAGCUGGCCAAGGCCUUUUGAAUGGGUAUGAGGAUGGCCCGACAGCUCAUGCCCACAGUAAGUCGUCCCUGGGGACAGGACACGUGAGCAGCUCUGAAAGCCGCAGCAGCAGCAAGCCAAGAGGCCACCGGGAGCGCCAAAGCACGUCUGCUUCUAGAACUCCUGAAGCGGGGUUUUCUAAUCAGCCCGUCUUAACAUGGUCCUCUCAGCCCCAUAUUGGUAGUGACCACGCCUACCGGAGCAGAGGCAGGCAGGAGGGCAGUGGCUUGCUGGGUCCCAGGGACUGGGACGAUGUGGAGAUCAGAAGAAUGGCCCAGGCCCGCAGUCUGCCCAUCCAAGUGAGAGAGAGCCCGUGGGAAGUUGCAGGAAGGACAGAGCAUGUGAUAAAGAAGGCCAUUUGGGAAGAAGAGCUGAGGACGCCAGCUCCUGCUAAGUGGCACAACGUGAGCUUGGAAAGCUGGGAGCAGCCGAGGAAGUUAGGGAGGCAAGUGUCCGAGGGUGACAGAGAGAAAAUGUUCCAGGACCUGUACCAGUUUGUUCAAGGAGAGCACGUGCUGACAUCUCAGAACAAAAAGAAAUCCCAGUCAUUGCCUCGAGUUCUUUCUCCCGAGAGCCUGCGUUUCACAGAAAUCCCUGUUUCACUACAUGAUGGGCACUUACCAGGUGUCCCCAAAGUGCCACCAUACCCUCCCAGCUGCCCACCACCUUUGGAACCCACAAGGAAUCUUGAGAAAGGUAGUUCCUCAGGCCCUUUUCCCCGGCCUAGGUUUGGGAAACCCCUUAAAACUCCAUGUUCUGGCUCUCACCCACAGCCCAGGGGAGAAGAUGCAUUUCAGGACCACCAGCACAGGGACCCACGUGGCUCCCAGCCAACAAGAAGUAAGGAGUCCAGGCAUGAGGUGGGCGUGCUGGAUACGGGCUUGGGGCCUCCGGUGUAUGUGCCUCCACCUUCAUACAGGUCACCCCCGCAGCACAUUCCGAACCCCUACCUUGAAGAGCCUGUGCCCAGGCACAUGAGCAGCAGCCAGAGUCAACAGCAGCAACUGCCUGAGAAAGCUGAGGCCAGCUGUCCACUUCCUCCUGGCUCCCUUGUAGCGAGGAACCCCUAUGAUCCAACGCCUGGCACUCCCCCGCAAGGUCUCCCCCCACACCCCUAUCCUUUUGCCGCCCAUGGGGGUUCUAUUGAGUACAUUCCAUUUGACGAUCCACGGAUCCGACACAUCAAAGUAGCUCUGCCCCCAGAAUACUAUGAGAAGGCAAAGCUUGAUGACAUACCCUAUAACUCUGGCAUCACUACCCACGAACCAGCUCUUGGGAGAAGACAGUACGAUGGUGCCCUUUUAUCACCACAGGGCCCAACACCCCAUUCAGGCAAUGAGCAGGGCUCAGCCUUUGCUCAUUCCAGUCCCCGGUGGCUGCGGGGCCAUAUCCCUGUGGACAUGGAACAUGGAGGCUUCCCUGGCCAAACAGAAGAGCCUGUCAUGAGAGGACUAGGGUCUGACGUGAGAGACAGCCAGCCGGCAAGCCUUGCCUCUUCCCCGCAGCCACAGAGUGAGGGUACCUGCAAAACCUACACCAAGCUCAAAAAGUUUGAAACUGGGAUUCAGACCAAGAAAAGUUCAAAGAAGAAAGCCAACGCAACCAUAUUUUGUUUGGUUUCUGUCCCAGUUAAGUCUGAGUCGCUGCUGCCAGAUACGGAUACGAACAACAAUGACUUGAAGCUGGGAGCUGAUAAGACGCAUGGGCUGUGUCAGGGUCCAGGCCUGGAGGAGCAAAGUCUGUUGAGUAUGUCUUCCACUGACCUGGAGCUGCAAGCCCUCAUGGGAAGCAUGGCUUGGAGAAGAACAUCUCCAAGGCAAGGUCUGGGGGAGCCAGAAGAUGGCCAAACUGAUGACCUCAGAUUCCUCCACCUCAUCAAACCCAGGGAGCUCCAGCCUUCCGGCUCCUGGCCAGGCCACCAAUACAGGGACAAGCAGACCCAAACCAGCUUCCCUGAAGACUCCAAAAGCUCACAUCUCCCCUGUGCUACAAAGCCAGGAGAGUCUAGCAAUGCAGCACCGACCCCAGCGUGCCCAGAGCCCACUGCCUCCGAAGUACACCUGCAUGCAGCCUUAGCAUCCGGUGACCCAAAUCAGAAGCCCAGUGUACCUCACCUCCGAGGGCAGAGGUCCCUCAGCCCGUCUCGCAACAGUGCUUUCUCAAGGACUUCCCCAGCCAUAAACCAGGCAUCUGUGCCAAAAGGGGUCUCUGGUGAGCCCCCUGGGGCCAGCCCUGUACCCAAGCCGGAGGUGGUGAAGGGGGAGACCACAGCAGGCCAGUGCAACAGCACACAACUUUUUGGUCAGUUUCUGUUGAAACCAGUUAGCCGCCGGCCGUGGGAUCUGAUAAGUCAGUUAGAAAGUUUCAACAAGGAGCUUCAGGAAGAGGAAGAAAGCCAUGGUGCUAGUGGGGGGAGCAGUCGUGAGGACAGUGAGACAGAACAGCCAGAGGACUGUGCUGACUCCGGAGCCAAGACCGGAAGCCGCCAUGAAACCAGCCAGGAGAGGAGAGCAGAGCCUCAGCCUGCAGCGCUGGUGCUAGAGGAAUCAGGGUUCCAGGCAAGACGACCUGGGAAUGAGUCAGAGAAUUGGAGUGAGGAACCAAGACCUGGCCGUGCACGGGCCCAUCCACAGUCCCGGGGCCAGUCACAGGAGGAAGACAGCAGAGGUGUUCUUGUCCGGCAGCGGCGGACAGAUGGAAGCCUGGUUGCAGAGCAAAGCCAGGAGGUUCUGAAUGGGAUGUGUGAGCGGGACGUUAGCAUGAGUCCUCUGAGCAGGAUGGCUCCCAGCGACACAAAAUCAGCCCCCUUUUUCUAUCUGGCAGAACUGAGAGGAAGUCAAGAACUCACUAAAGUCAGCGAUGCUCUAGGGUCUGUGCAGCGGGGCAGAGAGACCCCUCCAAAGGUGGGCGGUGGUGACGAAAGGGACAGAGAAGUCCUACUGCCUCUCGCCGACAAGUACCGAGGCCUCUCAACACCAGACUUGAGGUCUUUGGGGCUCACACUGGGACAAGAGCAGAAUGUCUAUAAAUCAGAGCCUCUGGGUAUAGAGAAUACCGUGGAAGUCCUCCCAAGUGAGUCUCUGCAGGAGAGGGCAGAGAGGAUCCUGGGCAUUGAGGUGGCCAUGGAGUCCCUCCUGCCAGGUGCCAGGAGAGGAGGACAGAGCCAGCUCCCUGAGCCUGAUGCAAAUGCCUGCAGCCUGGAGCCAUCCAGAGAGGACUCAUCGCCCAGCUUGGCACCAUCAGGGGGCCGCACAGUGGCCGCUGAUGCCUUCUAUGGCCGGAGAAAGUGUGGCUGGACUGCGAGUCCCCUCUUUGUAGGGGACAGGGCCCCUCAGGCUUCUGUGUGCUCAGAUGUGGAUGGGCUCCCUGCAAGCCAGGCCACCAGUCCUGAGCCUGAGAAAAAGGAUGAGGAGGCAAAACCACCCUUCAAGUCCACUCUGUUCCAUUUCAUGGAAAAGACUUCAAGCGUGGUGGGCUCCGAAAAGAGGCUCCGAAGCCCUUCCAAAAUGAUCGAGAGUUUACAGGAAAAGUUGGCAUCGCCCCCAAGGAAGGCAGACACAGAUCGCUUGGUAAGAAUGAGGGAGAUCAGCUCCUUGUCUCGGAUGAGGGGUCUGAAUUCCAAGAGUGCAAACUCCAUGGAGGAGCCCGACCACCUAAAGGCCACCACGAGUCAGGCCUGGCCUUCAGGAGGCCUUAUGUACCCGAGUGGUAGAGACCAGGGCUGGCACGCAGGACAUCUGUCCUCUGUCUCUCAGGAUGUCAUCCCUCAAGAAGAAAAUGGGCAUCCGGAAGUGCCGAAGGAGAAGCUGUCCAAUCAGGACUUGUGGUGUGCAGAGUCAUAUGAUCCCAGCCGAGUGGAGAGGGUGUGAUGGAUGCUGGUGAAGACCCCACUACCUUGGCUAAUGGAGUGUUCUCUGGUUAACUCACCUGUCUUGUCCAGGCUGACUCUGGAAACUGCUGGGUUUCCAGCAUUCCGACUCCUCCUCUGCCUGCCAGUGGGAAAUCCGUCAUCCCUACAGAAUUGUUAUAGAGCUAAAGCAGUGGUGUGUAGACACCUUCUGUCUUUAUAGCAUGGAUAUAUAAUUCCUAUAUUUAGAAAUGAGUUUUCACAUCAGUUCCCCUUCCUGGUGGAUUAGGCCGAGCUGGUAAAUAGCUUGGUGUUAAUCUGGUUUUAUGUGAAAAAUCAAAUGUGGAAGAUGCAGUGGGUGAUUUUGAUUGGACCAUAAUGCCAUGCAUUCCCUGCUGCAUCUCCCCAGCUCAUGCUCAUGUUUAGGGGUGUGGCCUAGGCCCUCCGCUUGGUAUUUGAACACUUACAGUUGAAGGAGAAUAUGCGUGACUAUGUAUGGCCCGUUUCUAUUACUCCACCUUGGGCAGCGUGGGGUAACUGGUAAGUAAGUGCGUGCUCCCAGACUGACAGCAGCUUCCUCGUGUCCCCGCAGGUCACACUUGCACUGUAACUCACCCAAGGGGUGAGUCACGGCAUGGGAGCCAACGCGCCGCGCUCUGCUUUGCACUCAGUCUUUCCUAGGUCUUACUCUCUGUGAAUGUCUAGAUAUUCUUUAUAUGAAAAGUAAUUGCUGGUUUAAAAUAGACCAUGGUAACAAAGUAACUAUAUUUCUUUUUAUAAAAUGGCUAUUUUUCUAUGAUGUAUAAACUGUUCUUAGGUGGCAGAUUUUUAAGGAAGUGCUAUUUUAUUUAAGAGUCUAUCCCUGUGUGUGUGAGGGGCCCAAGAGGGCCCACCUCGGCUCCAAAGCCGUUACCCCUGCUCCAACUUCAGCUCUGCCCCUUUGAACGCAGUGUCAGAGUGUCAGUGAAGACCAAUUCCAAGUUCAUUCAUCAUCACAAAUAUGCUUUGCCGCAGACGGAGCUGGGAGGGUACAUUUCAAGUCACCCCUCUCAAAACUGGCUGACAACUUGACGGUCAUUUGCAGCCAUGUCCGCUAGGAUUGCCAGAACCUCAUGGUUUCAUCUUGUAUUUCUGUGGGGAAUCUGCGGAGAAGAAACUUUUCUCUUGACCGCCACCUUGCUCCUUUAAAGAAAGAUCUAUUUUUGUCUAGAAUGACCCUGAUUCCCUGAUCUUGCAUAUUCUAAAAAGUGCUUGGAGACAGUACAUAGGUGGCAUCUGCGUGUGCAUAUGCCGUGAUGGAAGUAUCAAGAGGCCUGUGGUUCUACUACUGCAUUUGCCUGCAUAGUUCAUGCAUUUUGUGGCAGUUCACUCUUCUGUCUGAGGAAGACACCCUUGCUAGCUAACAUUUUCCAAAGGUUUUGUCCCCUCCUUUUCCCUCCCUCCCUCCCUCCCUCCCUCCCUCCCUCUUCUUUCCCCUUUUUUUGCUUCCCUCUCUAUUAAUUUUUUUUUGAGACAGUUAAUCUAUUUUCAGACAUGUCAAAUUCCUCUAGUGUGAGUCCAUGGCUGGUCUGUCCUCUGGCCCUAAGACAGAUUUUGACGGCCUCUUACCUACACAAUAUUAUUUUAUUUCCUAAGAACCUCACAUGUUCUGACUGGACCACACAGAACAGAAUCCAAAUAGACCGACACACCUUCCUAGAUGUCCAUACCUGCAGUCUUGGCUUGCACCUGUUCCCCAUGCUCGUCUGCGUCCAGAGCUUGACUCUCUCUCAUGGAAAGGGGUGUGGGAUGUAGGUCUCCCUGGGGCAGUGGACAAGCAAGUUGGUGAUCUGCAGUGGUGGUCGAAUCAUCUGCUAGGGCUCAGUGAAGGCUGAGCCACCUCCUGGACUUUGUGGGGCUGCACAUCCCUCCUUAAAAUGAAGUGGAAAGGCCCUGUGCAUGUGUCCACAUGUGCAGACCCCAUGUCUGCAUGUCUGUGUGCACACUGGUGCUGUACUGACUUCCUGUCAAAUGACCUGAUACCAUCUAAAGACUUUUUAAGAGAAAGAGAAGGAUCCUGAAGGAAAACUGUCGUGCCUUAUGUAUCUCAGUCUGAAAUGGGAUGCUCUUCCACUUGGUCUUGUUUGAAAUCAUAUCAUGCUUCCCUACAACCAUUCGGUCAAAAUAGUGAAUAGUUAUACUUUAACCUUAAUUUUUCCAGAUUCAAGCCCAUAUACAAAUCUUUUGGAAGGAAGUGGUAACAUUACACUUUACCUUUUUAUUUUACCUUUAACUUUUCAUAUCCAAGGUAAUAUAUAUCUGACCAAAAACUGUUUUGCUGAGGUCUUGAGUUCAAUACUAACCAUCAUUCCCUAUGUAAAUUUCACAUGUGCCCUUGACUGUUGGUGGAGAAAGUUUCCCACGUUCUGUGUUUGUCAAUUGCUUUUCUCAUUUCAUAUGUUAGUAUUCAAUAAUUUGGAACUUGUAAAAUUAAAAGUUAUGAUUUUGACCAUUUGAACUAAAAAUGAUAGGAGGAAUUGUGCCUGUGUUGUUUCUGGAAUAGCAGGAGGGGGUUAAUGGUAGUCUUUGGCCUCUGUGGGGGAAUUUUUCUGAAGGAUUGAAGAUGAGGUAUCUACUACCAUAUUCAGUUGUGUUUCUGUCAGCCCCGGAACCCUCUAAAGAUGCAGUUGGCCUCUGGACAGGACCAUCAGAAUCGUUUCCACAUUUAUAAACAUUUAUUUCCUUUAUUAAUAAAGACCCUGAAUGUGCAUCA